AUGGCGCCAACGAGGACUCAAUACUUCAAGUCGCCGCGCAAAGCGGACCUGGUCAGCGAACUCCAGGCGGUCUACAGGGCGGAGGCGCGGAAGGCCGGCCUGCAGUCGCCACGGCCGCUGCGAACACCGCUGAGCGAGAACGGAGGGUACAGCGACCACGGGGAGUCCCUCCUGAAGCCGACGCCGCGCGGGCGGGACAAAUGGACCCCCAGCGAGCCCGUGAUCCCGCGAACCUCGCCCGGAAAGCCCGGCGCGGACGACGCGGCCACCCAUAGCCCCUCCGCGGCCCCCGUGCCGCACGGCAUGCGGCAGCCCGGGGCGGUCGGCGGCAACGGGGCCGCGGAACCGGCCCCGCGCGCCUCCGCUCCCGUGAUGUCGUCGCCCUCGCUCGCCAAGGCGCUCGCCCGCGCCGCGGGGCGUGCCCAGAAGGCUCUGCACUCGGGGCACUCCCGGAAGGUCGUGGCGCCCUCGGCGCGGCUGCUCCAGGGCACGGAGGCGUUCAACGCGGCCAAGGAGGCCACGAAGGAGUUCCAGGCGAGGCUCACGGGGCACGUGCACGCCGCGCGGCGCGCACAGGAGCCGGAGGAGGCGCCGAAGAAGAAGGUGGACGUCGCUGGGGUGGUGCGGCGCCUGACGGAGCACACGACGGAGGCGUGGGAGAACAAGCUCGACGACGUCGAGGACGUCACGGGCGGGCAGUUCUACCUCGACGCGAACAUCGACGGCGCGCCGGUGGCGGGCGGCGUCAUCACGCGUGGGCGCGACACGCGCUACCGCGCGAAGAGCCGCGCCCGGGGCGCGCGGAGCCAGUCGCGCGGGCCGGACGCGCGCCGCGACCAGUCCUCGAGCCCCGAGCGCGACGACGGCCCGCGCGGGCGGUCGCGCAGCGUGGCGCGGUCGCGGUCGCGCGCGGGGGUGUCCAAGAGCCGCGGGCCGGGCGCGCGGAGCCAGUCGCGCGGCCCGGACGGACGCAGCCAGUCGCGGUACCGCAGCCACUCUCGCGCGCGGUCCGUCGCCAGGGCGGCGCACCGGUCGCCGCACGAGACCGGAUACAACCCGAACGAGCGCAACGCGCUGUGGCAGGCGGAGGGCGCGGACGAGGGCGCGCUGCCCAACUUCCAAAACACCCGCCGCGCACGCAGCAGGAGCCAAGUGCGCUUCGGACCGGCCAGCCGCGCCGGGAGCCGCGCGGGGAGCCGCGCGCCGUCCCCGUCGCCCUCCGGCGCGGACGAAGUGCUGGGCUCGCAGCGCGCCUCGACGGACCACGAGCUCGCCGCCGCGGCCCCGCCGUCCGCGGCGACCCCCCCGCGGCACCCGCGCACCUCUGCGCGCGCCGCGCAGGCCAACUCGCUGCGCCCGACGGAGAACGAGAGCGACGACGACGACGACGGCGGGCGCCGCGGCCGCAGCCGCACCCGCCGCGCUGCGCUGAACCAGUCCCCGGAGCCGUCGCCGCGCGGGAGCCGCGUGCACCGGUCCCCGAGCGGCCCGCGCGUGAGCCAGGUGCCGGGGCUGGCGACGAUCAAGAGCGUGGGCAAGGACGACAGCGCCGGGCAGGCGGUCGCGGCCGCCGUGGAGGAUGCGGCGCAGGCGGAGGGCGUGCAGGCGCGGACGGACGACGCGGGCGACGCGGCGGUGGGUGGCAGCGUGGCGCCCACGCUGGAGGCGCUGGCGGCGGGCACGGACGGCACGGCGCGGCAGGACGAGGGCGGCGCGGUGUCGGACGACGCCCCUGCGUCCACGCGCGGGGUGCUGAAGAAGGACGGCACCCCGCGGCGCGCGCGGGCGCCCAUCGUGUGGAAGGACGACGUCACGGGGGAGAUCGAGAGCGGGCCGACGCCGCGGCGCCCGUCCGGGCCGCCCGACGAGGCGCCUGGGCGUGCGCGCAGCCGAUCGCGGGCGCGCAGCAAGUCGCGGGUGCGCGAGGUGUCGAUGAGCCGGUACGGCGAGGGCGCGAGCGCGGGCCGCAGCAAGAGCCGCGGCCGCAGCCGGUCGCAGGCGCGCAACAACGAGGCCUUCAAGCGCGCGCUCGCGGAGGCGCAGAUGGAGGCCGCCGCGGCGGGCACGUCCAACAAGUCGUCCCCGCAGGCCCCCGCCGGCGACGCCCGCGUCCCGGAGCACUCCCUGCAAAUGUGGGCGGACCCGGCCGACGACCGCGGCGCGGCGCGCGCGCGCGCGACGGGGCACACCGCCGCGUCGCGCUCCAAGUCCCGCCCGCGCGGCGCCGACGACCGCGGCCGUCCGCGCACCAAGCGCGACAAGGAGAAGGAGAAGGAGAAGGCGUGGGACAAGCGCGGGAUGCGGUCGGUGUCGCGCGGGCCUGCGUCGCGGCGCGAGGCGACGGACCCGUACGACAUCGUGCGGGACCGGGGGGCCGCGGCCCCGCGGAACACGCGCGGGACGUUCGACGAGAUCGCGGAGACGACGGCGCGGCGGCUGGAGGGCAAGCUGCGGAAGGCGGGGAAGACGCCGACGCCGGAGAAGAAGCGGCGGCCGCUGACGCCGGACGAGCAGGAGCGCGUGGCGAACCGGCUGUACGCGGCGAACACGGAGAGCUCGCGGAAGCAGAAGGAGGGGCGCCGCAAGUACCGGGCGCUGGUGGACGCGAAGAGCCGCGAGGCGAGCCCGUCGCCGCUGCGGCCGGGCGCGCAGACGCCGCGGAGCCCGCACGCGACGGACUUCUCGCGGCUGGCGGGCGAGAGCCCCGCGUGGCGCGCGCAGGUGUCCAUCACCGACCCGCGCGCGCUGACCGAGGACCACGUCGGCGCGGCCAGCUCCCCGCGGCGCAGCGCGGCGGGCAAGGCGCGCAGCAAGUCGCGCGCGCGCAGCAAGUCGCGCGUGCGCGAGACGGAGACGUUCAACGUGGUGCAGUUCUCCGGGAUGAAGCAGAUCGAGGACGAGGACGCGCGGGAGGUGGAGUACCAGCAGCACGUGGAGUGGAUGGAGCGCGAGGAGCGCAAGCGGCGGCAGGAGGCGGAGAAGCUGGAGGCCGAGGGGCGCGGGAAGAGCGUGCCGCGGCGCCCCAAGCCCAAGAAGACGGCCUCGCAGGGGUUCUUCGACCGCAUGUACCGCGACGCGGAGCGCCGGACGGCGCAGCGGCAGAAGGCGCUGAUGAUGAAGCAGGAGCUGCAGGAGGCGCGCGACGAGUCGUCCAAGGUGCCGUGGACCAUGUCGCCGGGGACGCUCAAGAUGCUCAAGCGGCACCGGCACGUGACGUCGACGGACAAGGCGCUGUACGGCGAGGACGCGCUGAAGAUGGCCAAGAAGCGGGUGGACGCCAUCGAGAAGAGCCCGCACGCGCCGCGGGAGGGCGGCGCGGAGCUGCUCGGGGCCCGGGGGGAGUCCAGCCGCGACCUGGACGAGCGCGAGGAGGACUACACGUCGGUGUUCCGGCACGGCGCGACGUACCGCGGGACGAUGACGUCGCGCGGGCAGCGGAGCUCGGGGUCCUCGCAGCGCAACAUGCAGGCCGCCGCGCACGCCCCGCGCUCGCCCUUCCAGCCGCUGUCGGCGCCGGCGACCGCCCGGCAGCACGGCAGCUCCUACCAGCUGUCGCGCGCCAGCCGCAACAGCGCCGACGCGCCGCCGACGGCGCCGCAGACGGGCCGGGCCGAGGCCUCGGUGGACGCCAGCGAGCUGUCGCCGUGGCGACACGCCGAGCCCCCGGGCAACGAGGCCACGUCGGCGUCGCCGGCGUCCGUGCAGACGCCGACCGUGGACCUGUUCCCCAAGAUGAACAACGCCAACACCCCCCCCGACGCCGCGAGCCCGGAGGCGUGGCCCGCCCAGAGGGCCGGUGCGUCGCGGGGCGAGGCGAGCGAGCAGGUGGCCGAGGCGGAGACAGCGGCUUCGGAGUUGGAGGCGGCGUCGGUCGUUGAGAAGGCGUCCGCGAUGUCCGUGCGGGGCUCGUCGCUGGCGUCGUCGCGCGCGGAGCCGCAGCCGCAGCCGGAGGAGCAGGCCGAGGCCGAGCCCCCCGCGCCGGUGCGGACGUCCUCGGUGAGCCAGGGGGGGGUCCUGCUGCAGUCCGCGGGCUCGAGCGACCCAACACCCCCGCCUGAGUCAGCCCCGGAGAGUCCCCCCAAGCGCGACAAGGACGACAUCGACUACGAGCUGUCGGACGACUCCCCCGAGAAGCCCGCCCCGCCCAGGACGGCCGUGCCCCCGCUGUCGGGCCUGCCGCGCCCGGGCGCGGACGCGCGCGCGCCCCCGCCGCGGCCGCCCCCCGACGACCAGCAGAAGUUCACGCCGCGCACACGGCAGUUCCUGGAGGAGUCGGAGAAGCUCGCGUCCGCGUUCGACGCGAUGCUGAAGAGCGGGAGCGGCGGCGAGCGCAUGGAGAUCCCCGACGCCGUGCUGUCCUCCCUGGCCGGCACCAGCGCGGGGUACCCGCCGGCGCAGCCCCCGGAGCCGCAGGGGCGCUCCGGCCCGCACGGCGAGCCCGAGGAGGAGGCGGCGCGCGCGGCGCCGGAGCGGGUGCCGGAGCUGGACGAGAAGUACCCCGAUGCGCCGGCGCCGGUGAUGGCCAUGGCCGGCGCGGGCAUGACCACGCCCUCCGACCCGGGGGCGUCCGGCGCGGGGCCGGGGGGGUCCUUCCGGCCGUCGGACUCGCUCGGCGCGCCGCCGCCGGGCCGCGAACUGGGCACGGACGGCGGCGCGGCCGACCGGCGCGCACCGGCGAUGACGCUCUCGUUCCAGGUGCAGCCGGCGCAGCCCGCGUUCGACAGCGUGCUGGAGCAGGCGGCGGGGCGCCAGUCAGUGGAGGUCGCGGCCACCGAGGCGCAGCAGCCGGCGGUAGCGUCGUCUGCGUCGGGGGGCGACGAGGAGUACAUCCCCGACCCGGAGGAGGCCCAGCGGACGCCGCGGCACCUGCGGGACGAGACGCGCCGCGCCUCGAGCAGCAACAACUCGGUGUCGCCCGGGGACGAGCAGCCGCAGCAGGAGCGCCGGCCACAGUACGCGAGUGCGGCGUUCGGGUCCCCUCUGCGCGCGCCGGCAACGACGGACGACCUGGACUCAGCACGGCGUCCACAGGACCGCGCGAGUGUGCGGGACAGCGCGCGAGACAGGGAGGGGGCCGCGUAG